UAAAUCCGGGGGUGGAUAAGGUACCCAGGUAUAUUGUUUCCCCGCAUCUCGGCAAUGUGCGGAGGAACAUCCGGAGGAACAUUCGGAGGAACAUUCGGAUACAUAUUACCUUAUCUACCUACCCAUCUUACAAAGUAUGUAACUCCAAGCUCUACUCUCGAAAGGUCAGGUAGUCUGUAUCUUCAGCAAUAGGCCCAUCACGUUGUAUCGCCGCGUUCUUUUCUGUCGGGGACCUCUAAGGCUACUUUACCUCUGUCUAGUACCGUUCCCGUCUACUCAAAAGAUGGAUUCUCUCGCCGUUCCUAGAAAGCUCUGGGAGCAUCCAAAUCCCGAGAGCACCGAGAUGUACAGGUUCAUGCAAGAAGUCAACAAGAAGAACAACUUGCAGUUACAGACCUUCUGGGACUUGUACCAAUACUCCAUUACUAAACGCUCCGAAUUCUGGGACCAGGCCUUUCAAUUUCUCGGCAUAAUCUAUAGUGGCUCAUAUACGAAGGUCGUCGACGAGACGGCGCGAAUAGAUUCGAUACCACGCUGGUUCGAUGGCGUUUACAUGAAUGCUGCAGAAAAUCUGCUGUACUCUCGCGUCCCUGGUGCGCCAACUUCACAGCGCGGUACCGAUGGGAAGGAAGACAACAAAGUUGCCCUGACAGAGGUUCGGGAGGGUGCCACGGAAAUUCGAGAUGUUACAUGGGGACAACUGAGGACCGAGGUAGCGAGACUGGCAAAUGCGAUGAAACAACAUGGCGUACGAAAGGGGGACAGAAUUGCUGUCGUGGCAAGCAACUCUGUGGAUACGCUGAAGGUCUUUUUGGCUAUCCUGUCACUGGGAGGGCUAUUCAGCAGCAGUUCGACUGAUAUGGGUGUUCAAGGAGUCCUCCAGAGAACAUUACAAAUUACACCAAAGUACAUAUUUAUGGACGACGUCGCCGUAUACAACGGCAAGAGAGUCGAUUUGCGGCAGAAAAUGACUGAGAUAGCCAAUGGAAUGAAGGGGACCUCUGAAUUCAAAGGAAUGGUCUCGAUGCCUAGGUUCAGAGAACCAGUCGAUAUCAGCAGCGUACCACAAACCCAAACACUGUCAGAAUUCAUUUCAAAAGCGACUCCGAGGGGAGCUGAAUUUGAGAAGACGGCAUUCAGUGACCCUUUCUUCAUCGCUUAUUCCUCUGGCACUACCGGCACACCAAAAUGCAUUACGCAUGCGGGUGGUGCUAUUCUCUCCAAUUUUAAGGAGAUAAAGCUGCACCGGGAGAUGACAAAGGACAGUGUCGCUUUACAAUAUACCACCACCGGCUGGAUUAUGUACUUCGCUUCUGUUAUGAAUCUACUGGCUGGUUCAAGAGUGAUUCUCUAUGACGGCAGUCCGUUCCAGCCAGAUAUCACAACGUUUGUGAAGUUGCUUGGGGAUCAAAAAGUUACCAUGCUAGGAACAAGCCCAAGAUGGAUGCAUGAGUUACAAAAGAACGGUAUUGCCCCAAAAGAUAUUACCGAUCUUUCGAAUUUGAAGCAUGUCUCCUCAACGGGAAUGGUACUUUCGGAUCAGCAAUUUGAAUGGUUUUAUGACGUUGGGUUUCCAAAGCACGUACAUUUGGCCAAUAUUUCUGGCGGUACAGAUUUAGCUGGCUGCUUUGGCGAGGACAAUCCGUUAACCCCUGUCUACGUUGGCGGGACCCAAGGCCCUAGUCUUGGAACACCAGUUGCAGUUUAUGACUCUCUGAUUGAGGGAGGAAAAGGUGUUCCUGGUGCGCCAGUUGAACACGGCACACCUGGGGAGCUCGUGGCACCAGCCGCUUUCCCGAACAUGCCCGUGUAUUUCUGGAACGACAAGGAUGGGUCGAGGUACUUCGGGGCAUACUUUGAGAAGUACGAUAAUGUAUGGACUCAUGGUGACUUCGUCAUGAUCCAUCCUGUCACGAAAAAUCUGGUCUUCCUAGGCCGUGCGGACGGAGUUCUAAAUCCUUCGGGGGUGAGAUUUGGCUCGGCAGAGAUCUAUAGUAUCGUGGAGAAUGCUUUCCCGAUGGUGGCAGAUUCAAUAUGCGUCGGUCAACGGAGGCCACAAGACCCGGACGAGAGUGUGAUGCUAUUCUUGUUGAUGCGACCUGGAGAGAAAUUGACCAGUAGUCUGGUCAAUGAUGUCAAGACUGCUAUAAGAAAGGAGCUGAGUCCCCGGCAUGUGCCUAAGUAUGUUUUUGAAACGCCUGCAAUCCCAACAACUGUAAACCUGAAGAAGGUUGAGCUGCCAGUAAAGCAGAUUGUCUCCGGGAGAAUUAUCAAACCAAGUGGCACACUGCUGAAUCCAGAAUCUCUGGAUUAUUAUUAUAAGUUUGCGAAGGUAGAAGAUCUGGUUGGUCCGAAGAGCAAGUUAUAGAUAGGCCAAGAUCAUAGAUCGUAGAAGCAAAGAUUUAGAUAGAUACCUAGGUAGACGUAUGGGUUUUGAUCUUUCUAUGCUCCCGCUCCUGUCAAAUACCCAAUUUGUGGAGCAAAACGACGUGC